AUGCCCAGAUACGCCAGCAGAGACCAUAUUCUCGAAGUCUUUUCCCACAUGGCGGUGGGAGACUAUGACGGCUUCUUUGCCAAUGUUGUCCCUGAUGUUGAAUGGACGGUGCAAUCGAAAACCAUCCUUGGAGGCACAUACCACAGCCGUGAUGAAUUCCGCGCAAAGACGUUUGGCCGCUUAGGCCGGAUCAUGGAUCCAGAGCACCCAGUUCAUCCGGUAGUCCACAACGUUGUCGGCGGCGGGGAUGACGAAUGGGCCAUGGUUGAAAUGACAAACACAAGCAAGACCAAGACUGGGUUGGACUACAACAACACUUUCUGCUGGGCGACUCGAUGGAACGAAGAAGGCAAGAUUGUGCAGGUCAGGGCGUAUUUGGACACUGCGCUGGUGCAGCACAUUGUGGACGGGACGGAAGGAAAGAUAUAA